CUGGCCCGCCGCUGCAGCUGCUUCAUGGCCGCGCCCGUGACCGACCUGCGCGAGCUGCGGCGGCGGCCAGGUGACAUGAAGACCAAGAUGGAGCUGUUGAUCUUGGAGACCCAGGCCCAGGUGUGCCAGGCGCUGGCACAAGUCGACGGAGGCGCCAACUUCUCGGUGGACCGGUGGGAGAGGAAGGAAGGAGGCGGUGGCAUAAGCUGUGUGCUUCAAGACGGCCGGGUUUUUGAGAAGGCGGGAGUGAGCGUUUCUGUGGUCCAUGGAAAUCUUUCUGAGGAAGCCUCAAGACAGAUGAGAAGCAGAGGGAAAGUCCUGAAGGCUAAAGAUGGUAAAUUGCCAUUUUUUGCGAUGGGUGUGAGCUCUGUGAUCCAUCCUAAGAAUCCUCAUGCUCCCACGAUCCACUUCAACUACAGAUACUUUGAAGUGGAAGAAGCAGACGGUAGCAAGCAGUGGUGGUUUGGUGGUGGAUGUGACCUGACUCCAACGUACUUGAACCAAGACGAUGCUGUCCAUUUUCACAGGACUCUGAAGGAAGCAUGUGACCCGCACGGGCCAGAGCUCUACCCCAAAUUUAAAAAGUGGUGUGAUGAUUACUUCUUUAUAGCCCACCGCGGAGAGCGGAGGGGCAUCGGCGGGAUCUUCUUCGACGACCUGGACUCCCCCUCCGAGGAAGAGGUGUUCCGCUUUGUGCAGAGCUGUGCCAAGGCUGUCGUCCCGUCCUACAUCCCCAUCGUGAAGAAGCACUGCGAGGACGCAUUCACGCCCCAGGAAAAGCUGUGGCAGCAGCUCCGGAGAGGCCGAUAUGUGGAGUUUAACCUGCUCUAUGAUCGGGGCACAAAGUUCGGGCUCUUCACUCCAGGAUCCAGGAUCGAGAGCAUCCUGAUGUCGUUACCUCUGACCGCCCGGUGGGAAUACAUGCAUUCACCCCCAGAGGACUCCAGAGAAGCUGAGAUUCUGGAAGUUCUGCGCCAGCCACGGGACUGGGUGCAUUGACGCAGAGCAGUUGUGCUGGGCCUGGGGGACACACCGGGUGUGCCCUCACUCUUUGCAACAACGGGACCAGAAUGUAGCAGUCUGUGACUUGUGCCUUAGUGUUUCUCAGUCUUCCACCUCCUUGUAAAAUGUGUUUAAAACACCACAACUUCCUGUUAGACACUGCAAGUGUUGUGCUGUAAUAGGGCCGCUUGUUCCUUCGAGCCAUUUAGCUUAUAUAGAAAUGAAAUACUUUAAAAAUAAUUUUAUAUGACUAGCUUUGAAAAUAGGGCACUGAAUUGAUAGAUACCGUGUAAAGGGAAUCUACAUAUUAUGGUUUACAUCACAAAGCUUCUCAUAUUACCUUUUGUUUCCUAUGUUUUUUAAAGUUUCAUUUUUUACCACGGAAACCUCUUAUCGUGGGACAAGUUUUGUUUUCAUUAAUUCAGUGAAAUGGACUUUCUGGUCAUUUUAGCAAGUAGCUUGAAACUGAGGUUCAAGUCUUAGCUUGUUGUUUCUGAAGUUUCUUGACUUAUAAUGUUUAUAUUUUAUAUAACUUGAGACCAUAAUUUAAAAAUAUUCCUUUUUAUUACUAUAUGUAAUUCGGAAAACUUGAUAUUUUCUUACUUGCUGCUUGUGGUACAGUCCAGUGAUUAUUUGUAGUUGUUAACUUCUAUAAUGGUAUUAUUGGUAUUCAAAUAAGGAUGUCUAAAUUGUCAUUUUGAAUUUUGUAGACCUGUAAUUUGCUAAUAUUGGGAUUCUCUGGACUAUUGAAACUUAUAUCCCUGGAUUCUGAUACUUACAUUUUUUUGGUUGUAGAGUUUUACAUGGAAACUUAGCCAAGAAUUAUGCAAGCAGCAUUGUGAAUUUAGGGAAGUUUCUCAUUUUGGGAAUGAGUGGAGAAAUGCUUUUGUUUUCUUGUAGCAGCUAUUAUAACUAAUUUGAAAAACAUGUAUAGGCAUGUUAUAAUAGAUAUUGUUUUGGUAAUAUGGAGUAGCUGAAAUUACCAUUUUUUUCAAAAUGAAAUUUGUAUAAAAAGAGAUUCUUACCGUUACUCAUAAGAGAAAAUUCCAACAGAAUUUAUAAUAUGAGGAGUAUUUAUGCAAUUAUGUGAAUGUAUUGUUUUCAGUCAUGCGAGUUGAAGUCUGUAAGGAAAAUACCUUCUAGUUAUUAGGAAUUAUUUUAGAAGAUGGUGAAAAUAUGCUAGUGUGUGACUCCUUAGGGACUAGAAAAAUGUAUGAGAUUCACUAUACUUUAAUACUUCAACUGUUUUACAAGAAUCCACUAAUAAAUUUUAUUAGAAAAAAGA